AUUAUCUAAUUCAGUGUUUUUUUUAUUUUAUUAUUAUUAUUAUUAUAUUUUUUUUUUGGUGAAUGUUUGCUAUGAAGUUUAGAGGAAUCAACCCUAAUCUUUAAUAGAAGUACUUUCAUUUUUGUCCCAUGUUUAGUUGAGUUGAAAAUUUCAAAAGCUAGAUUGGUAAUUAGGAUGGAAAUAUUUUUUUUUUAAAAAAUAAUUUUUUAGGAUUUAGUAUUUUUGUGUUUUUAAUUCCCUUUUCACAAGUUUAUGUUUUCUUUUCCCUCCCCCCCCGCCCCCCCUUUCCCCCUUUUUUUUUCAUUUUUUUAUUUCCAUUGAUUUUUUUGGUCUAUAUUGGAUAUAUGAUGUUUCUGAUUCCUGUAUAUGUGGCUGCUUAUUUCCCAAAUGGUUUCAUGGUUUGUAACUUUGUAUUAGGUUCUAAGGAAUUGUGAGGACAUGAUAUUGUAGGAAAGGAAUCAGAAAUAGUUUUGAAUUUGAAAUUUCUAUUUUUAAUACAAUUUUAUUUUCUCUAGAAGCAACCUUUGUGACAAUGAACUUUCUUCAUGCUAGCUUGUGAAAUUUCCUUGCUUUUUCUAGUAAUCCCAAUUCUGAUUAACAAUUAUAGAUGUGACAUAAUUUAUAUAUAUCUCGGUCUCAGUAUACUAUAUAUACGAAAGAUGUCUACUUCAGAUGUUGACUUUAGUUUUUGGAUAGAAGUUCUGAACAGAUCACUGAUUGUUUUUUACUGCUUGGUGGUAUUUGAUUCACUUUCAUUUGCAUGUGUCGAAACUUUUUUAUGAAUUGUAUUAUGAGUAAAGCAUAAAAUAUGAUGAGUUUACUUUCAAACUUUAUGAUGGAGUCAUGUGCUUCUGACCUCUAAUUUCUGAGUUCAAUGGAGUUGUCAGACUAGAACACAGAUUGUGAUUCUUAAUUUGAAAUAGUUAAACUGCUUCAAACCAAGUUGGUAAGAUAAAAAAAUUGUUAACUGAACUUCAGCUAGGCUUAGUUUGGCUGCAUAUUAAAUUCAUGAACUUUGGUACCAUAUAAUAUAUGUUUUAAUUCUUCUUCUUCCUUUUGCUAUUUUCAUGUCACUUAUCCUUGAUUACAGGGAAAUCUUCUUCCCAUGCUUUUAAAUUUAUCACUUGCCAUACAUUUUUGAAGAUCCAACAAUAGCUAUGUUCCUUUCUUGUUGGUUGUUGAAGCAGAAUUAACGCAGGAGAGGUUGAUGGAAGAGCCUCUGUGGCAAAAGAAUGAGGAGAGGAAAUUGGUGCCAACAUCAAUGGCAUUUGUGGAAGAGCUGAAGAAGGUGAGCCACAUAGCAGCGCCGAUGGUGGUGGUGACAAUGUCACAAUACCUCUUGCGUGUUGUACCAAUGAUAAUGGUGGGGCACAUCAGUGAGCUCUACCUUUCCAGUGCUGCAAUUGCCACCUCUGUCACCAAUGUUUCCGGCUACAGUGUUGUUUUUGGAAUGGCUAGUGCAUUGGAAACUCUAUGUGGGCAAGCUUACGGCGCAGGUCAAUAUCGGAAGCUGGGAAUUUAUACUUAUGGAGCAAUUCUCUCUCUCAUUCUGAUUUGUAUACCAAUAUCUCUUCUUUGGGUCUUCAUGGUCAAACUACUCGUGUUCUUUGGCCAAGACCCUUCAAUUUCAGUGGAAGCUGGAAAAUACUCAAUUUGGCUCAUUCCAUCACUGUUUCCUUAUGCCAUUCUUGAAUCACUGGUUCCUUAUUUGCAAACUCAGAGUUUGAUCCUUCCAAUGCUCUUAUGCUCGCUUGUAACUUUAUCUUUCCAUAUGCCUCUUUGUUGGGCUUUGGUAUUUAAGUUUGAAUUAGGAACUGAGGGAGCAGCGUUGGCAAUUGGUUUAUCGUAUUGGGUAAAUGUGAUCUUGCUAGGGAUUUACUUGAAGUAUUCUCCAGUUUGUGAAAAAACCCGUGCUUCCUUCUCAAAGGAUGUUUUCCUAAGCAUUGGGGAGUUCUUAUGCCUGGCUCUUCCUUCUGCUGGAAUGGUUUGUCUUGAAUGGUGGUCAUUUGAACUGGUCAUAUUGUUGUCUGGGCUUUUAUCAAACCCAGAACUUGAAUCUUCUGUUCUUUCAAUAUGCCUUACAACUACUUCAUUGCACUACCUCAUACCAUAUUCUAUUGGUGCCGCUGCAAGCACUAGGGUUUCAAAUGAGUUAGGAGCUGGGAAUCCACAGGCUGCUCGACUGGCUGUUUGCACUGUAAUGGUUCUUGCAGUUGCAGAGGCAAUUAUUAUAAGCACAAUUCUGUUCUGUUGCCGCUUUGUUCUGGGAUACGCAUACAGUGAGGAGAAGGAAGUUGUGGACUAUGUCAAAGAAAUGACUCCUCUUGUUUGUUUCUCAAUCACCAUGGACAGCUUACAAGCAGUACUAUCCGGGGUUGCCAGAGGAAGUGGGUGGCAGCAUGUUGGAGCCUACAUCAAUUUUGGGGCAUUUUAUCUGAUUGGAAUACCAGUAGCUAUUGUAUUGGGUUUUGUUCAACAUUUAAGUGGAAAGGGGAUUUGGAGCGGAAUAGCAACAGGGUCGACAGUGCAAGUCAUUUUGCUUUCUUCUGCAACAUGCCUAAUUAAUUGGCAAGAAGAGGCAACUAAGGCAAGGGAAAGGAUAUUUAAUUAAGGGGAGAUUUGUGGCUGACAAUGAAUUGAUCAGUUGAACGCUCAAAUCUUAAUUAUGUUACUCAGCAACUGUUUUUCCUGGUACCAUUUGAGACUUGUAAGUUAACAACUUUUGUUCCGCGGAUCCACUUUUUUCAAGUUUUGAUAUGAGAGAGAGAGAGAGAGAGAGAGAGAGAGAGGUCAUAUUACCAAAAUGAUUCUUUUGUGCUUUAGAUAGAAUUUUAACUCGCUUUGUAGUUAAUCAGAGAGUCCUUAUCAGAAACACUAAUUAUAACCGUACAAGGUUAUUUUGGAUGAGA